AUGAAGCCAACAGCGCUUGCACUUCUCAUCCUUUGCCCAUGGUUAGUGUCUCUGAAUGGAGACCCUGGGGCAGGAGAAGGGACCUGGGCCAGGUUUGCCAGCCUGCCCUACCCGGAGGACAAGCUGUUCCUGCAUGACACUUUCCCCGAGGGCUUCAUGUGGUCUGUAGGGACAUCAGCUUACCAGACAGAGGGUGCCUGGCAGCAGGAUGGAAGAGGAGCGUCCGUCUGGGAUACCUUCACCCACAAGCAACUCAGUGCCAACGGGGAUGUGGCCAGUGAGAGUUAUAAUAACAUAGAGAGAGAUAUUUCCGCCAUCCAAACUUUGGGUGUCACACACUACCGAUUCUCCAUCGCCUGGUCCAGGAUCCUUCCAGAUGGUCUGGUCUCAAACCGCAAUGAAGCUGGCCUGAGGUACUACUCCCACUUGAUCCAAAGGCUCCGAGAUGUAGGCGUUGAGCCCAUAGUGACUCUGUAUCAUUGGGAUAUGCCCCAGGCUCUCCAGGACAUGUACGGAGGUUGGAUCAAUGAAAGCUUGGUGGAUCGCUUUAGUGAAUAUGCAGAGGUCUGUUUCAAGGCUUUAGGGGACCGGGUGAAGUAUUGGAUCACCGUGGACAAUCCUUACGCGCUAGCUUGGCACGGUUACGGCACGGGCAAACUUGCCCCUGGUAUCCACGGAGCCCCAAAUGUACCUUACACAGUGGCACAUAAUCUGAUUAAGGCACACUCCAAGACUUGGCAUAUCUACAAUGACCAUUUUCGUGAAUCUCAGCAAGGACAUGUGUCAAUUGCUUUGGCUUCUCAUUGGGUUGGGCCAAAGAAUGGGGACAUUAACCCUGAAGCUGUGCAGCUUUGCCACUGCUCCAUCAACUCUGUAUUAGGCUGGUUUGCUAAACCAAUAUUCAUAGAUGGCGACUAUCCAGCAUGUAUGAAGGAUAACCUCAAAUCUUUGCUGCCAGUUUUUAACGAUGCAGAGAAAUUGGAAAUCAAGAAGACAGCUGACUUUUUUGCACUUUCUUUUGGCCCACUGAGUUUUCGACUUUUGGACUCAAAUCUGUUAUUUAACCAAACAAAAAAAUACCUUCUGAGACAGCUUCUCUAUUGGAUUCAUUCAGAAUACAACAAUUCAAAGAUAUUCAUUGUAGAAAAUGGCUGGGAUGACAGCAGCAGCAGUACGAAGACUGAGGAUGUUUAUAAUAUGUAUCCUUUAAAGAGAUUUCUCAUGGAUGUGCUGAAAGCAAUUAAGUAUGAUGGAGUUGAUGUCAUUGGAUACACAGCGUGGUCCCUGGUAGAUGGCUUUGAAUGGGAUACUGGUUACAGUACCCGACGAGGAUUGUUUUACAUUGACUUUCAAAGCAAGGAGAAGAAGAGGAUGCCAAAAUCAUCUGCUUUUUUCUAUCGGCAAGUGAUAGAAGACAAUGGAUUCCCAUCUGUACCAGAAAGCAAACCUAUUACAGGAACCUUCCCCUACAGUUUUGCAUGGGGCAUUUCUGAGGAUGUUGUACAGGUAGAAACGACUCCUACAACUCCCCAGUUUGCUGAUCACAAUAUUUACAAAUGGGAUAUUAAUGGCACUGGAAAGCUAUUGAAAGUCAAAGGAGUAAUCGGUCAGGCUCGUAAAGCUCAAUGCACUGACUACAGCACCAUCAGGCAAGAAAUUUACCUCUUGCAAAAUACACAUGCCACUCACUUCCAGUUCUCUCUCAACUGGUCACUAAUCCUCCCGACGGGCAACACAACACAGGCAAUCAGGGCAAACCUACGCUAUUACAAAUGCUACAUCAGUGAGCUUCUACGUGUGAAUGUUACUCCUGUCGUUGUGUUGUAUCAUCCCACUCUUGAGGAUCAGCGACUGCCUUCGGUGUUAGAAGAAAAUGGGGGCUGGAUGAACCCGGCAACUAUUCGGGCUUUUGUGGAAUAUGCCAGGUUAUGUUUCAGACAGCUGGGAAGCAAAGUGAAAUUCUGGAUAACAAUGAGUGAGCCAAAUGGCAUAAAGCACUUAUUGGGAUAUAAAACAAACUUCACAAUUGUAGGCCACAGUUUAAUCAAAGCACAUGCUUUAGUCUGGCAUCUUUAUAACAAUGAGUUUCGCAAGACACAAAAUGGACAGAUCUCUGUCUCCCUUCAUGCUGAUUGGGUGGACCCAGCUGACCCUUUCUCUAGGAAUGACAUUGAAGCAGCUGCUAGGACCUUGGAGUUUGAUAUUGGUUGGUUUGCAGAGCCUAUUUUUGGUAAUGGGGACUACCCCUUCAUCAUGCGAGACUGGCAGAGCCAAAGGCAAAAUGUUGGAUGGCACAAUUCUUAUCUGCCCCACUUUACCACUGAAGAGAAAAGGCUGAUACAUGGUUCUGGUGACUUUGUGGCACUGAACCACUACACAACUCAUAUUGUACAUCUAGAAAGCCAAGCUGAAGCCCAGGCUGGUUAUGAAUUCAAAGUGCAGCACCUAAAAGACACUACCUGGCUGUCAUCACCAGAUGGAAAAGCAGUUGUGCCAGGGGGUUUACGCAAACUGUUAAGGUGGAUAAAAUCAAAAUAUGGCAACGUUCCAAUCUAUAUCACGUCGAAUGGAAUUGAUGAUGAUUCACCCUCUAAAGACAAGUUACGAAUUUAUUACAUUCGGAGUUACAUUAAUGAGGUUUUGAAAGCCUUAAAACUGGAUGGAGUAAAUAUUCGUGGAUAUUUUGCCUGGGCCUUAAGAGAUAUCGAUGAACCAAACUAUGGCUUCUACACUUCCAAUCGAGCAGCUAAACUGUCUGUUGAACAUUACAGGAGAAUAGUGGAUAAUGGCGGAUUUCCUACAUCAAAAAUCACCACGCCUCAAUAUCACACCUCUUCACCUCUAAAGUACCUACUCAACCCCUUUAUUCUCCUCUACCCUAACCCGUCUUUCCAGGUUUUCCCGUCCUGUUACCCAGCUGAUGCUAGGUUUAUCAUAAAAAUGAAAGCUGUGAUUUGCCAUGCGGCAUUUACGUCAUUGAACUGUGCCUCUGACAAGAUCAAGUGGAAUUUCAGUAUGUGUAAAUGCCAAGAAAAUCUUCCAUGUGAACACUACCAAUACCAAGAAGCUCUUACUUAUACGCUGUAA